AAUGAAUGAGUAGUAGAGAAAUAAUUAUAAACUGUCAUGUCCUCUAGGAAUCUUUGUCCUCUCUAACUGCCUGUUUUUUGAAAAAGAUAACUGUUUCUUGUACCUUUAUUAAUAACCAGACAAAGGAAUUCCUUGUGUGUGCCUUUGAGCUCUCUUUUGAAUGACCACUUCUUGGCUCCACAUCUUCCAUCAGUCACCUAAAGUUUGCAAUAAGAUCUUUUUGUAAAUUGAUGCCCUAUUGUAGUCAUUACCUGUCUUGGCUUCAGUUCUGUAGUAGAAGUAGUUGGGUAAGGUUUGCAACCAUGAGACUCAACCAGGACAUACUAGAGACUAGAGUGAGAACAGAAAACCAAGAGGUGUAGUUCUGUCCCUAUGCUUUUUCUGUUUACAGAUAGAUUGAAAAAUUGUUAGCUUGUGGGAUUCCUAAAAAUCUGUACUCAGUCAUCAUUGCCCUUACCAGAAAGAGCUAUUAAUGUGUCUUUUCAUGCACUGUACCUUACCAAGGGACUUAAAUAUAAAGAGUUCUUUCUUACUAGGAGUGUGGAAUAUAAUUGACCACCAUGACUUCAAUGAGCAAGUAUAUUCAACUAUAUGCUAGGGACAUUGUGGAAAUUCAGAGAAAUGGGACGCCGUUCAUCAGACACUGAAGAAGAAAGCAGAAGCAAGAGAAAAAAGAAGCAUCGUAGACGGUCAUCUUCAAGUAGUUCUUCAGAUAGUAGAACAUACAGCCGAAGAAAAGGUGGAAGGAAAUCAAGGUCAAAGUCAAGAUCUUGGUCCAGAGAUCUUCAACCUCGCUCACAUUCUUAUGAUAGAAGACGCAGGCAUCGAUCAAGCAGUAGCUCUUCUUACGGCUCUAGAAGAAAACGAAGUCGAAGUCGUUCAAGGGGUCGAGGGAAAUCCUAUAGAGUUCAGAGGUCUAGGUCAAAAAGCAGAGCAAGAAGGUCCAGGUCAAGACCUCGUCUACGUUCCCAUAGUCGAAGCAGUGAAAGGUCCAGUCACAGAAGAACCCGUAGUCGAUCUCGGGAUAGAGAACGACGUAAAGGCAGAGAUAAGGAGAAAAGAGAAAGGGAGAAAGAGAAAGGCAAGGAUAAAGAAUCACACAACAUCAAACGUGGGGAACCUGGAAACAUCAAAGCUGGAUUAGAACAUCUGACACCAGCUGAACAGGCCAAAGCCAGACUACAACUGGUUCUUGAAGCUGCUGCGAAAGCUGAUGAAGCAUUGAAAGCCAAAGAAAGAAAUGAAGAGGAAGCAAAGAGAAGAAAGGAGGAAGAGCAAACCACCCUGGUAGAACAAGUAAAAAGAGUAAAAGAAAUUGAAGCCAUUGAAAGUGAUUCUUUUGUUCAGCAGACAUUCAGAUCAAGUAAAGAAGUCAAAAAGUCAGUGGAACCUGGCGAGGUGAAGCACGCAACUGCAGCAUCAGGAGCAGCAUCAGUAGCUGCUGAACUACCCAGUAAUGAAAAGGAAACAGACCCAGGUAGCAUCCCUACUGCUAUCAAGUACCAAGAUGACAAUUCUCUGGCUCAUCCAAAUUUAUUUAUUGAGAAAGCUGAUGCUGAGGAAAAGUGGUUCAAGAGAUUAAUUGCUCUUCGACAAGAGAGGCUAAUGGGCAGUCCUGUGGCCUAAAUAAUACAUAUGGUUGAAUUAACAGCAACAUUGGAAAUACAGGUUUUUAAAUCCCAAUUUAACUUUUUACUCUGAAAAAGAAUUGACCCAAUUAUAUAAAAAGGUAAUCCUAUUGUAUUCAUUUUUCAUAUCAGCUUGAAUAUUUCUUGAUUUGAACUUAAACAUUGUGAAUAUUAAAACUAGUGUAAAAUUGAGGAAUGCAUGAAAAUGCCCUACUGUUAAUAAAGCUAAUUCUAAAAAUAUCACUGUUAAAAUAAAUAGCACACAGUAGUGUUUCUAAGUAUAUUUUUAACAUAUUAGGUUGUCAUUUAAAGACUUCAUCUUCCAUGUCUUAUGAAACCAUUUUCAAUAUUUUAUUUCACCUUAGUGGGAAAUUUUAGGCACAAUAAAAAGCACUCUUAACAAUCUAAGCAGAAUGAGCAUGUUAAUAUUUAAAGAAUAACAUAUUUAUUGAAAAAAUUUCUUGAAAAUCAAAUAAAUCGAUGAUUUACUGCUUAGAGAUCAGAUUUUACUAAGGGCUCCUUUUAAACAUGUUAGCAGAUCCCAGCUCAUUCUUCUAGAAAUCACAUGCUCAAGCUAGACCUAACCAGUUGGCCAAAUACCCGUGAUACGGAAGUCAUUUCUGAGAAAACAGGUAAGAGCUCUCCCUUCAGUCUUACUUAGCCAUCUUCUGUUCCUGUAGAGGAAGCCAGCUAACUUUAAUUUUGUAGAAUACCUUUCUCCAGUAGCUGAAUGAAAAUCAGCUAUGCAUUCCAUACUGAACAUGCCAGAGACACGGAUUUCAGGCCUUGCCUUACAAAACUACUUUUCAACAGGUGACAUAAAUAUUCCCCUUUCCUAUUCUGUUCUGUUGUCUGGCCUCACUCUGAUUUAGCCUCUAUGAAGACUGUACCUCAGAACACAAGAUAAACAUGAAAAGUUUUGAGGAUAGGAUUACCAGUCUAUAGGACACCUAAUGGUAUCUUUUUUAUAUUUCUGAAACUACUAAAAUUCUAAUCCCUGUUAAAAAUGAAAAAUAUAAAGAGCUUCCACUUAAUUGCAAAAGGUAUGGAAAAGAGACUGCUGAUAACACAUGUGUUUUCAUACAAACAUAUUUUCACGUCCUAAAUAGACGCUGUUGUUCUUUUCUUAGCUCUAAGUGUCCAGUAGGAACUCAGGUUUGUAUGGUUUUUAAUAUAGGUAUGUAAAUUUUUAGAGACUUAAAAAAAAGGAUUACAGUUUCUGAAAUAUUUUGUAUUUUAUUCUUUGCAUGACUUGUAAACAGUAAAUCUACUAUCACCCUU